AAGCGAGUGCGCACGGAGCAGAUUCAGAUGGCCGUGUCCUGCUACCUCAAACGCCGGCAGUACGUGGACUCGGACGGGGCCCUGAAGCAAGGGCUGCGGCUGUCACAGACUGCCGAGGAGAUGGCGGCCAACCUCACAGACCCUGACGAGAACAACACAAGAACAGGGCCAGAUGAUGAACUUGGACUAGAUUAAUAAACGCCCUACUGUCUCUGAAGGAUGGUGAACGUACAAAGCCAGAGUAAUUCCUUCCUUCUAAUACCACAGCGUUUAAUGUGCAUUAAUAAUCUGCCGCCCUGUGUUCAUGAGAUCCUGGGGCCAGUGAUUCUGUGCUGUUGAUAGAAAAUAGGAGCAAGCACUAUUAAAUAGCCUUUCAGAAUUUCACUUUUCUGAGCUGUCUUAGUUCAGAUAUAAUGUUUUAUUAGGGCAGCCACUGCUGUUCCUGGAAAACUACCAGGAAAGGUGAGAAACAUGAAAUAUGAUUAUCAUAAGAUUUUGUCCUAGGUCUUUCUGUUAAUUAAGUAAUCUGAAUAAAUGUGCCUUCAUUCAGCUGCCCUGUACUGAACAUCUGUUGUAGGCCAGAUGCUGAAAAGUUCUGGAAAUAACUAAAAUUUGAUCCCAGCUCCUGAGGAGCUUCACACGGUAGUCAGCAAGUGAGAUGGACAUCAGUCAUGUUAGAGGGUCUGAUGUGAGGGGGGCGCCUCAGGUUCUAUAGGAGCAAUGAAGACGGCCAUCUAACUCAGCCUGGCAGGUCCGGAAGAGCUUCCCAAAGGACUUGUGGGUCCUAGUAUAUGGUCAGAGGUCCGUAAACAGAAGGAAUGAGCUGAGAUUCAAAAGAACCUCUAGAAGCUCCCUGGGCGACACAGCCACCAAGGGGAUCUUUCGAAAAUCCACACUGGGCAGCUCGGACACCCAGCCACCUCCUCUCUCCUCCCACAACCACAAAAUGGUUCAAUCAGAAUCUGGCUGUGCCAACGUCGUGUCUGCAGCCCCUUGCCAGGCCGAGCCUCAGCAAUAUGAAGUACAGUUUGGACGGCUGCGGAAUUUUCUCACUGAUUCCGAUUCCCAGCACAGCCAUGAAGUGAUGCCUCUCCUCUAUCCUCUCUUUGUCUACCUCCACCUCCACCUGGUCCAAAACAGCCCCAAGAGCACAGUGGAAAGUUUCUACAGCCGCUUCCACGGGAUGUUUCUGCAGAACGCUAGCCAGAAGGAUGUCAUCGAGCAGCUACAGACCACUCAGACCGUCCAGGACAUCCUGUCUAACUUCAAGCUCCGCGCAUUCCUAGACAACAAGUAUGUGGUCCGACUCCAGGAAGACAGCUACAACUACCUUGUCCGCUACCUCCAGAGCGAUAACAACACCGCCCUGUGCAAAGUCCUCACCUUGCACAUCCAUCUUGACGUGCAGCCCGCCAAGCGGACAGAUUACCAGCUCUAUGCUGCUGCCGGCUCCUCACGGAGCGAGGGCAAUGGCUUAGAGUCCGCCGACGUGCCCGCCCCCAUGCUGCAGAACGAGGCCGCCCUGGAAGUCCUGCAGGAGAGCAUCAAGCGCGUCAAGGAUGGCCCGCCGUCCCUCACCACCAUCUGCUUCUAUGCCUUCUACAACACAGAGCAGCUGCUGAACACGGCGGAAAUCUCCCCAGACAGCAAGCUGCUCGCUGCUGGGUUUGACAACUCCUGCAUAAAACUGUGGAGUCUGCAAUCCAAGAAGUUAAAAUCAGAGCCCCAUCGAGUAGAUGUGUCCCGCGUGCACUUGGCUUGUGACCUUCUGGAGGAGGAGGACGAUGAGGCUGACGCCGCAGGCACGGAGAUGGAGAUCCUGCGGGGCCACUGCGGGCCUGUGUACAGCACCAGGUUCCUCGCCGGCAGCUCAGGGCUGCUGUCUUGCUCAGAAGACGUGUCCAUCAGGUACUGGGACCUCGGGACUCUCACCAACACUGUGCUGUACCAGGGACACGCCUACCCUGUGUGGGACCUGGACAUCAGCCCCUACAGCCUGUACUUCGCCAGCGGGUCCCAUGACCGCACCGCGAGGCUGUGGUCAUUCGAUCGGACAUACCCGCUGAGAGUAUACGCAGGACACUUGUCUGACGUGGACUGUGUCAAAUUCCACCCUAAUUCAAACUACUUAGCUACAGGCUCGACGGACAAGACCGUCCGGCUGUGGAGUGCUCAGCAGGGGGACUCUGUGCGGCUCUUCACGGGCCACCGAGGCCCUGUGCUUUCUCUUGCCUUUUCUCCCAAUGGUAAGUACUUGGCAUCUGCUGGCGAGGACCAGCGGUUGAAGCUAUGGGACCUGGCCUCUGGGACCCUUUAUAAGGAGCUGAGAGGCCAUACAGACAACAUCACCAGCCUCACCUUCAGUCCGGACAGUAGUCUGAUUGCCUCCGCAUCCAUGGACAACUCCGUGCGGGUCUGGGACAUCAGGAACACGUACUGCAGCACACCUGCUGACGGCUCCUCUGGAGAGCUGGUGGGUGUGUACACCGGGCAGAUGAGCAACGUCCUGAGUGUGCAGUUCAUGGCCUGCAACCUUCUCCUAGUGACUGGAAUCACACAAGAAAAUCAGGAACACUGAUUUUUAUCUUCGGUGCAACAGGCCUGGGCAAUAGUGGAAAGCCUCCGGGUCGCAAGUCUUAGGACAAACUGAGAUCGAAUCACUGACUGGCUGUGAAAGACUCCCACGCCUCCCCCUACCCCUGGCAAGACAUCCUGAGUGCAUGACGCCUCUCCACUCGGCCCCCGAAGUCCAAGGACUGGGGACGAGGAAAGGCAGUGGUAAGUGGAUGUGAGGUCAGCUUUCAAGUUCCUACAGAGACCCUGCCACGCCCUCCUGCGAGCGCCUUCAGCUCGGGCCUCUGCCCCAUCUCCCUGUGGGUAAAACUGAGGUGCUGCUCCUCCGCUCCGAAGAUGCCUGCGGAUGGCCUGGCCAGGAGCAGGGCCCCGCGUUGCGGGCAGGACAGAGUCUUUGGUGUAGGAAUGCGGGGUGGGAACUAGGAAAGGGGGCAGGGGUCAUCCUGGCAGAAAGUCUCUCCUUAUCCAUCAUCACAAAGAACCAGGAUUUUUUAUUAUUGUUAUUAUAAGUAUAAUAAUAAUUAUUAUUAUUAUUGAGAAGAGGAAACCUAGCCCUGGCAGAGGGGCCUCCUCUGCUCUCAUCUUUCAGGUCUUACUCCUGGCACUGGCUGUGAUACUUGGGGUUUUGAGGUUCAGGGAAUUCAGAGAAUUUGGUAGCACGGUGUAUUGGGAGAGAGGGGAAAUUUCUGGGUGACAGAGUGAUCGCUCCAGCCGAUGUGUUCUGGAAGUGGGUGGAGGGUCAGGUUGAGAAGCCUUGGGUUCUUGCAGUGAUGGGGGGGUGAGACAGAUCUUUUCCGUGGCUGCACUUUUAGCAGCUCUCUCCCCCGAAAUGACAGGUUGUGAUAGACAGGAAAAGAAUUUGAAGUGAUAAAGUCAAAAGAUAGAAAUUGUUGGAUUUCCAGAUGAUGAUUUAUUCAGAGGUGUGGCUUUUUCCACGUCUUUUCCUCCUGAGACCACCCACUCCCACCUCCUGCGUUGAAAGAGCAGCUCAGUGAACACUUGGUAAAAUCGUAGGUACACAUGCACGCUCGCACAUAAAACUGAUGCUUUGAGGAUAAAGCAAGUUCUGAUUUGUGGGAAAAGGAUGAAAUAUUUCUGUUUUCUGAAAAGAGUUAUUUUGUAUUUUGUUUUCUAUUAAAAUGCAUUUAGUUUCAAAAAAUAAAGUGUUGGCAUCUCAUUUACACUGAGGACAGGCGGGCUGUAUGGUCUGUCUGCGGUGACGUACAGCUCACCCCUCGUGAGGGUAAGAGCCAAUUAUGUAGGCCACCUGAGUCCCAGUGGAGGUGCAUUUUAAUAUGUUCCUGUGUUCUCUUUGGCUUACUUUGAAUGAUGAUUCCUCUUGGCAUUCACAUGGAUUAUUGAUGACAUUUAAUCCUGUGUAUACACCCAAGAUUGCUAACAGGAGAUAACACAUAUUUUAUCAUCUACAGGUAUUUGCUAAGAUCCUACUUUGGGUUUUCUGAAGAUCCCAUUAUAAAAUAUCUACAUGGCAUCAUAAGAACUGUGUUAUUUAAUUAACUCCAACUAUUUAUUUAUCAAACAAUUUCAGAUAAAGGACUCAUUCAGAGAUUUAAAUGAUGUCAGCAUUUUUUAAAUGUACUUCCAAACAUAAUUUUCUGGCGAGGACACCAAGAACUAUUGGGAUACUAAAUAGGAAGAUUCUAGAAUCCUAUGCCAAAAAAAAAGUUUUUUUACUUGAGCCUAAGAUGCUUAUUAAUAGGAAAUGUUUUUUAUUCAUAAAAAUGUAUAUAUUUGAAGCUUUGAAAGAAGGAUCCUCUGGCAACUUAGUCAGACAGCAUCACCUGCCACAUGUGCUGCAGGUAAAGCCUAGAAUUCAAAUGUGUUCUUAUCUAUAAUAAGUGAACUCUUACAUUAGACUGUGUGGUAUAUUACUAGAAACAUUAAAGUCUCUAAAUUGGGCUGACCUGUUCUCAGAGGUAGAAAUAUCACUGAUUUGGGGAGCUUUUAUGUUUGUUUUUAAUGCAGAAUUUCUUUGAUUAAACACAAAAAUGUGUUAUUAGGUUGGUCAGUCUUCAUAGUACCAAUCAUGUAUAUACUUUGUGAUUUCAGCUCAAGCUCUUAAUGAUCUGUAUAUUUGGCCUUUUUUUUUCCUUUUGUGAACUGACUUUCAACAUGGGGUAAUUCAGCUUUAUGGAGUGCGCCUCACAAUUUCCCCAAAAUCUUAAAAAUACUAUAAAGGGUGUGUGUGUUUUUGCCCACAAGGGUCCAUAAGAACAUGGUCACACGCUUCAGAUGGCUCUCUUGCAUUGAUUUUACUUUAUCUGCAGAGCAAUCCUGGGAGUUGGACAGGCCUGGUGGCUGUACCAUUUUGUAAAUGAAAUACCCAAAGCCCAGGAAAGCUACAUUAUCUAUACCCACCAGGGAAAGCCACAUGUCUUGGAUGUGCAUAUACAGAAUCUAGAUUCAGCAGGCUUGAGUUCUAGCUGGAGGGUAUUAGAAAAAAAAAAUGUUAAACCCUCCAAAAAGGAAAUAUGAAUAUCAAUAAGCUAUUUAACAAGCAUACAUGCAGUGUUCACUAUCUGCCAGAAACCACCCCAAGAUCCUAUUGAAAAUAGUUCAUUUUAUCUCCAUUAACAACCUUAUUUUUAUCCCCGUUUUACAAUAAGGAAUCUUGAGACACUGAUGGAUUAAGUCACUCAGCAAAGGGUCCCACAGCAAGUUGUCAGAGCCAGAAUCCGAAUCCAGGCUGUCUGGUUCCAGAGCCCGUGGUCUGGUCCAUGCUGUUGUCUCCCUUCACUUCCAUAGGACCAGGCAGAGAGUGACCUGUGGUCUAUACAGUGGCCUUUGACCUCAGCACCAGGGAGCACCAACCUCCCACACAGCUGAAAAUCCAUGUGUAUGACUUGACUCCCAAUAGCCUACUGUUGACCAUGAGCCUUACCAAUAACGUAAAGAGUCAGUCAGCGCAUUUGUAUGUUACAUGUGUCAUCUACUGUGUUCUUACAUAAAGCAAACUAGGGGAAAGAAAAUGAUUUUUCAAAGUGUCAAAAAUCUCAAAAAAAAAAAAGUUCCAAUAUAUUUAUUGGAAAAAAUCUGCGUAUAAGUGGACUCACACAGUUCAAACCUGUGUUGUUCAAGGGUCAACUAAAUGUUCCUGCAAACAAAUAAGCCACAGGCAGGGUCAGGAACUGGUGAUCGGGACACACUUAAACAGUAUAUGGCUAAGAAACUUCAGAAUAUUCUGAACCACAGUGAUAAAUCUCUGCAGUAUGUUAAGGUGGGGGAAAAAACAGCUGAAAUCUCUUCAACUGACAGGCUUAAAAAAUCUGACUGUAAUUUUAGUUUAGCAGUGGACUGGCCAAAAGAGAAAAUGAGGUUACAGGAAAGUAAUUGAAUAGAGAUGAAAUGGGAAACAAUUUAAAGUUUUAUAUUUAAGAUACAGCUUUUAAGGCUAUCUAGGAUUAGUACCUUUUCAUUUGCUUUAUUCUCAAGCAAAUUCUUUAAUUCUUUAUUUGCUUUAUUCAUGUAUUUAAAAUGUCUUGGUUGUAUAAAAAAAUCUAUUGAAUAUGUAGGCUUCUAAUUUUGCUAUGGAUUAAAAGAUGAGUCUCUACUUCAA